AAGGCAGGAUUAUAUUUUGCGCACCAUGCUCACUAUCAUACUAACAAAGCAAUAUUCGGACAGACAUUUUUCAAAUAUCCAGAAGAAUCUUCUCCAAAGGAAGAGGUUCAAGGAAAUCUGAGUAUUGGAGCUCCUAAAUUAAAAAAGUCAGAAAAAAGGAAAGCUUCUUUAGCUAACACAACAAGAGGGGGUGGGCAACACUUGAAUUUUAAAUUUUUGUAUUGUAAAAUUACCAAAGCCGAAGAUUGUCAUGAAAUUCGAAUCAGGAAGUCAUUUGCUAUUAGUAUUAUGGAGAGGUUUUGUCCUGACGCCUUGACUUUCACAAAAAAACCUAAGGAGGAUCACAAUGCCCAGAAAUUGGUUAAUGAUGAAGUUAGGAUCCGCUCCGAAAGAGGUGAUGAAAAUGUGCUUUGGAAGAAUACGGAACAAGUUCGAAAAAUUGUGAUCAUUUCUGCGACAUCAAUAUAA